AUGGCGGCAUUCGCCUCUCGGUGCGCCCCACCCCCGCCAGUAUGGCGCCCCGGCAGCCCGCCCCGCGGCCCGCCCCUCCCCGGCCUCUUUUUGCCCACACCCAAUAGGGCCCCCGCGGCGUCGGUCACGUGGGCCUGGGAGUACGGCGCGGGAGAGGGGCCGGGCGGGCGGGCCAGUGCAGGGUGCGCGCUCCCGCGGCCGGCCGUCCGUCCGUCCCGCUGGUCGGAAAGUUUGGCGGCGGCGCCGCGUGAGCCGGGGCGGGCGGCCGGAGAGGGCCCCGCAGGCCAGCGUUCGAGGAGGCGAGAGAGCCCAGAGGAGCGGCGACCGGGGGGGCCAGCCGCCGAGCCCAGCCCCCCACCCGGUCCUCGGCCCCCCACGCGCCGCCGCGGACACGCGAGAGCCCAGCCCGGGCCGCCCCCGACGCGCGAUGCGCGGCCCCCGCUAGCGCGAGCCCGGCUGGAAAGAGGGAGCGAGCGAGCAAGCCAGAGAGCCGGCCCACGGGCGAGCCUGCCGGCCCACGGGGAGGGGGGACCGUGCUCCAUGCGGCAGGGCCGCCACCGCCAGUGUCAGUGCCCACGCGAGACCCGGUCCCGGCUCGUGUCCCCGCGGGCGUGAGCGGCUGCUCCCCCAGUGACUCCCGGAGCGGCCGCGGGUGGAUGCGGGACGCCCCCUCCGCGCCGCCCGCCGGGAGUCUCCUCCAAUGUGGUUGGAGCCCCUGGGUGCUGAGCCCCAGGGGGAUGGAGUGAGGGGCGCCCCCCACGCGUGCUGCUGCUCCUG